AUGCCGGAGCCCGGGCCGGACGCCCCCGGCACCGCAAGUGCACAGCCCCCGCCGCCGCCGCCCCCGCCUCCCGCGCCCAAGGAGUCCCCGUUCUCCAUCAAGAACCUGCUCAACGGAGACCACCACCGGCCGCCCCCUAAGCCGCAGCCGCCCCCACGGACGCUCUUCGCUCCGGCCUCGGCCGCCGCCGCCGCCGCCGCCGCCGCCGCUGCGGCCAAGGGGGCCCUGGAGGGCGCCGCGGGUUUCGCGCUCUCGCAGGUGGGCGACCUGGCUUUCCCCCGCUUUGAGAUCCCGGCACAGAGGUUUGCCCUGCCUGCGCACUACCUGGAGCGCUCGCCGGCCUGGUGGUACCCCUACACCCUGACCCCCGCCGGCGGCCACCUCCCGCGAUCUGAAGCCUCGGAGAAGGCCCUGCUGCGAGACUCCUCCCCCGCUUCGGGCACCGACCGCGACUCCCCCGAGCCGCUGCUUAAGGCCGACCCCGACCACAAGGAGCUGGACUCCAAGAGCCCGGACGAGAUCAUUCUGGAGGAGAGCGAUUCGGAGGAAGGCAAGAAGGAGGGCGAGGCGGCGCCGGGCGCGGCGGGGGCAAGCGUGGGGGCGGCGGCGGCCACGCCGGGCGCCGAGGAUUGGAAGAAGGGCGCAGAGAGCCCGGAGAAGAAGCCCGCGUGCCGCAAGAAGAAGACGCGCACGGUCUUCUCGCGCAGCCAGGUCUUCCAGCUCGAGUCCACCUUCGAUAUGAAGCGCUACCUGAGCAGCUCGGAGCGCGCCGGCCUGGCCGCGUCGCUGCACCUCACCGAGACGCAGGUCAAGAUCUGGUUCCAGAACCGCCGCAACAAGUGGAAGCGGCAGCUGGCGGCCGAGCUGGAGGCGGCCAACCUGAGCCACGCCGCGGCGCAGCGCAUCGUGCGGGUGCCCAUCCUCUACCACGAGAACUCGGCGGCCGAGGGCGCCGCGGCCGCGGCCGCGGCCGCGGGGGCCCCGGUGCCAGUCAGCCAGCCGCUGCUCACCUUCCCACACCCCGUGUACUACUCGCACCCGGUGGUCUCUUCCGUGCCGCUGCUCCGGCCCGUCUGA